AGGAGCAGAGACGGGAAAAGGAAAUAUCUCCCAGACGUGAUGGAUGCUUUGACAGAAGUAUUGGCCAAAAUUUCACUUAAACAUAAAUUUUAAGCUGUUCUGCACGCUCUCCGCUCCCUAAACGCCGCAUUUGGCACCUUCCAGUCCACUUUGUUGGGUCGUUCAUGUCAGCUAAACUGCGCUCAAUCAUUUUUUCCCGAUAGCAAUUGAACGCAGCACUAGUGUUUGUUGAACUCGUGGUAGCCUCGCUGACUACAACAAUGAGUGUAAGCAGCACAGCUAGUUUGAACUCAGCUUGGCUUCAGUGAAACUGCUUGCAAGAUUCCCUGUAUGUGCUGAUUGGGGAUUUCCAGAGCACUCUGUUAAAUGGAGCUAGAGGACCAAUGGUGGAAAGGACAGCUCGCUGCGGAUAUUUACCAGGCGCUACGAUACAAAGAGCUCAAGCUGCCUUCCUACAAAGGGCAGUCCCCUCAGCUCAACUUGAGGCGAUACUUUGCAGACCUCAUCGCCAUCGUCAGCAACCGCUUCAGGCUGUGUCCUGCAGCCAGACACCUGGCUGUCUACCUGCUGGACCUCUUCAUGGAUCGCUAUGAUAUCACCGUGCAACAGCUUCACAUGGUCUCACUCUCCUGUCUUCUUUUGGCCAGUAAGUUUGAGGAGAGGGAGGACCGGGUGCCCAAGCUGGAGAUGUUGAACAGCCUGGGCUGCAUGAGCUCCGUGAACCUGAUGCUGACCAAGCAGGGUUUGUUACACAUGGAGCUGCUCCUGCUGGAAACCUUCCAGUGGAACCUGUACCUCCCCACAGCGGCUCAUUUCAUCGAGUACUACCUGUCCAUUGCCAUCCACGAGGCUGAUCUCCGGGACGGCUGGCCCAUGACCUGCCUGGAGAAGACCAAGCUCUACAUGGCCAAGUAUGCUGAUUACUUCCUGGAGGUCUCCUUACAAGAUCAUGUGUUCUUGUGUUUUGCACCCUCACUGGUGGCUGCUGCAUGUGUGGCCGCCUCCCGCCUCAUCCUCCACCUGUCCCCUACAUGGCCACCCCGACUGCAGCGCCUCACUGGCUACACAUGGGACAGCUUAGUCCCCUGUGCUGAGAAACUGCUCAUUGCACAUGACAGCGAUGUCAAAGAGGCCAACAAGCAGAAGUGCCAGCAGCCCAGCCAGCAGCAGCAGGGCCAGACUGUGUACCACAGCUCAGGCCCGGGAGUCACUGUGGCCCAGUAUCUCCACCAGCCGAGCAUGCAGUACACCCAGCAGGCCCCACAGCCCGCCAUCGCCCCUAACCACAGGCCUACCUCCUACCUCAACCACACUACCGGUCUGCAGGCUUCGAACGCCCUCCAGCACAGCAAUGCCCAGACCAUCUCCGCCACACUAGACCAAAAGGCUAACAUCCCCAACAGGGCCUACCAAGUCAGUAUGCACUACACCUGUUCGACUCCGUGCUUUGACAGAUGAUGGAGUCUAAGGAUUUUAUUCUGGGGGGGUGGGGGAUGGGGAUGGAGAUGGAGAUGGAGAAGAAGGCUGGAUGUGAUCUGUUUCUCCUGGACUGAGCAGCUCAUAGUGAAUGUGAAUGAGAAGACAUGUUUUUAAUUUCAAUAGACUUGCUGAGAUUUGUGCAGCACUUUGAACCGUAAGGUGGACACAAUGUGCAAUAUACAUCUGCUGUGUUCUUUCUGUUGAUAGUCUACAGGAAGGUGUUCUUUUUCUUUUCUUUUUUUUUUCUCAAAAUCAUGUUGCUUUGAGGUAUUAUGUAGGAAGCUUCUGAUGAGGGUGGACGGUGGGUUUUGUUCCACUAUUCUCACUGAUGUUUCUGUAUAAUUUAACUACGCUAAAGACCCAAAGUCCUGCAUUUAUUUAGGGCAAAUUACCUCAAAAUAACAGAUAAUAUAUAUUUCCUUGUUUCCCAUCACAGUUAUUACUGUGAUGGGAAAUGGUGGCAUUAACAAAAUGAAGGGAUUUAUGUGAAGUUGUGGUGGACUUCAGAUAAGAGAGCACAUUUCACUUAGAUGAACCUCAAUUAUUUUUUUUCUCAUUCCUGAGGAGUGGUAUUUGUAAAACUGAGGUAAUUUUGCAUUCUAGAUGUAACAAUUUAUUUUGAAAAAGAAAAUGGUAGCUCUUCUGUGCAUGGGCAUAUGAGUCACUGUGGUGUGGUUCUAUGAUUGUACUUUUAAAUAAAAAAGAAAAAAAAGAUCCUUGUCAGUGACUAAGGGAUCUACUCCUA